UAACGAGAGAGAGAAAGAGAGAAAGAAAGAAAGAGAAAGAAAGAGAGAGAGAGAGAGCACACCUUUGCGCUCGGACUCGAAUAUCGAAGGAAGUAUUUUCGAAGGAAGUUCCUUCGCUUCGCGGCAAUCCGCACACGCGUCUGCGUUCACGUUGCUUCGCGCCGUUAAUAUUUCACGCGUUCGAUCGAACUAACGGAAGACAUUGCGGAAGCGUUGCGAAAGAAUAACAGCCGGAUCGAAAGGUCGCGAUUCUAAACCGUAUCUUUUACGCCCGUUCGCUGUGCGUGGCGUUUGACGCGCGAGGAUCGCGAUCGCGCUACCUUUCGCGGGCAGCAACCAAAGAGAAGUCGAGAAGUUGCGUAACGAGCCCGUUGAACGUACGACAGUUGCCGAUCGACCCGAGAUUCCCAAAUGGAGGCUAUGAACUGCGAGAAGUCGGACGAUACCGUGAAACAUCCGAAUAAUACCGUGGAAGAGCCGGAUAACGCGACGGUACCAUCGGAUAAUGUCGCGGAACAGCCGGACGACACCGUAGAACAGCCGGACAAUAUCGUAGAACAGCCGGACAACACCGUGGGACAGCCGGACAACACCGUGGAACAACCGGACGAUACCAUAGAACAGUCGGAUAAUACUGUAGAACAGCCGGAUGCCACAGUGGAACAGCUGGACAGUGUCGUGGAACAGCCUGAGGAUACUGUGGAGCGAAUGGACACCACCGAGCAGAAUCCUGAGACCAGUGGCAAUGUAACAUCUCACACUGAAAACAAAGAUGAACCAAUGCAAGUAGAAGAUGAUGAGCGAGCUAAGAAUGAUUCUGCUGACUUGGUCAUUGAUAUCGGUUUAGACACACAAUUAGAUACACAUAAGGACGUAACAGACGAAGAUGUGAUGCAUCAUUUGGAUGUAAUAGAAAAUAUUGAAUUGGAUCCUGAGACGUUUUGUAUGGAUAAAUCUACAGAGAAUGAUAAUGAAGUUGUGGCUAUUAAAAGUGAGGAAGAAGAACAGAUGCAGCAGGAUGAAGUGAAUGGAGAAGACAAAGGAGGGGUAGAAGAGAAUUGGUAUAAGAAAAAGAUUGCAGAUAAAGAAGCGCUUGUUAAAGAAAGACUCUCAAAAUUAGCUCGAGUUUUAGGAAUUACUUAUCCUCAUUAUGAAAAAUGGUUAGAGAGAAUAGAAAAGAAAGAAGGAUCGCCUAUGUGCAAGCUGGAUCCAUUUCGACGUUGUCUAUUAGACAAGCCACAUACAAACCGAUGGAAGUUUGAAUGCAUCAGAAAAGAUGUACAGGUAACUGUGAAAGAAGAAGAAAAAUCGGAAUCUUCCAAUAAAAGUUACAAAACAGUCUGGAGCCUUGAACCAACGUCGGCAUGGGGUGUUGAUAUCCAUAACACGUCCGAAUUUCCAUCGUUUGUAUUAAAAGCUGUCAAGAUAUUUGAAGAUUUUCUUCAAACAACAAUAACGUCGCCGGACGACGCCGCAACGGCGUCUGAUGAAAAUUUAUCGAACGACACAUCUUCGGAUGUCGAUUCAGUGCAAAAUCAAAUGUGGAUGUGGCUGUUAGUGCGUUGCAAUAGCAUGGGCGAGCUCAUGCUUUUUGCAACUGGGAAGAACAUCAGUCGCAGUACUCUGGACCGUCUGAAACAGAUAUACGAGUCGGGUCAGGGGAAAGAUUGCAAUGUCAAAUCUCUGUAUUGCAAAUCGCUGAACAAAUGCGCCAAUAAUAAGAUCAUUACAAACACGACGUUCUUAGUGGGAGCAGAAGCUCUAGACGAAGUCGUCGGUGGUCUGAAAGUGCAGCUCUCGCCAAAGACCAACUUUUGGUCGAACGCUGCCGGCGCGUUGAACGUAGCCAAAGCAGUCAUGGACAUGCUUAAGCCUACGUCGAAAGUAACAAUACUCGAAAUCGGCUGUGGCAUUGGCGUAGUCGGACUUAUGAUGGCAUCUAAAUGUCUGGAAGUGAUAGGAGUUGAUUCACCAUCGGAAAUUGAAGAAGCCGAAAUAACGUGUGACUUGAAUAACAUUACGAACGCGUCUUUUAUAAUGGGCUCGCCGGCCGACGUGGUGAAUAAAAUAAGUGCCGCCGUGAAAAAUCGCGUGACUUACGCCAUAGUCAACGCGAACACCAAUAUGGGCAGAGCCGUUGAAGUAAUGACAUGCUUAAGAAAACUCACGUCCCUGCGGCGUAUCGUAAUGGUCACCACGUUGACAAAACAGUCGGUCCGUGCGGUGUUAGAACUCGCACGGCCCAUCGAAGAUGGCCUCGGUCAUCCGUUCAUGCCGACCCGGGCGUGCGUGGUCGAUACCCUGCCGAUCGGGCCUCACUUCGAGGCGGUGAUCCUGAUGGAGCACAGACUCAUGCAUAGACUCACGCAGCCGUGGUUCCUCAAGAUACUGGAGGAAGAGAGCAAAUCCUUGGAGAACACCAGGGCGUUAGAGAAAGAGAUCAAUAGCAGCAGCCUCGAUAGCGUCGACACGCAGCUGAGAAAGAAUCCGUUGGCGAGCGUCGGGGCCGCGAAAAAGUCGAAAACUACGCCCACGAAAAAGACGAGCCCCGCGAAAAGCGGCUCGAGCUCGCCGACUAAGAGCAAAAUGAGACUAAAGCGAGAGAACGAAUCGCCCGAGAUAAUAGAGAUACCGAAAAAGAUGACGAAGAAGUACGAUAAGCCCGGAUAUAACAAAUCGUGGAAGCAGCAGGAUGCUACAGCUAAGAAAAAGAAUUGGCCCCACAAUAAAUCUACGCUCCGUGUCAAUCCUUUGUACGACAAAAAGUCGAAAGACAAAGAUCAGGUCGACCUGCGCGCGAAAUUGUCGAGCAACAGAAUCGACACGGACUUAGUGCAGAAGGUAAACGAGAGCCGGGAGAUUCUCGAGGCGGCGAAAGAGAAGCUGAGCGGUCCGUCUCCCACGGUUGACGCGACCACCGCGAAGGAAUUGCAAAAUGUCUUGAGUCUGGUGCUCGAGCAGACCAACAAGCUUCAGAAUCAGCUGCCGCGCUCGGUGUGGGAUCGCAUCGCGCCACCUGAGACCUCGCAGAGUGCGGGUCAGGUGAAGAAGGAGCUCGAUGACGAUCCGCUGCUGAAAGGCCGAUUCGUGCAGGAGACUCACGCUCAGGACAUCGUCAUUACGACCGCGAACAAGGAAUACUUGGAUACCGACAACGACGUGAAGCCGGCGUUACCUUACAGGAAGUAUCACAACUUACCGCCGCUGGAGCCGGACAUAUUGCCGGUGUCGUUGAGAAACGAGGACGGUAAGACGAAGUUCUAUGAGAGACCGCUCUACAACAGAAACAGACAGCAGAACCAGGGCAACUCGUGGAACAGGAACAACAACAACAAGGGUUUCCAGAAAAACCGCUGGGGCAAUGCGGGAGGUGGCAAUGCGAGGAAGCCCAACUCCCCGAUAAGAAAGCAGAAUUCGCCGUUCAGACACCGAGGAUCCCCGCCGAGGAGAUCGUCGCCGAAGCGCUCGUUGCAGUCACCGCCGAGGCGUCCGGCCUCGCCGCCCAGGAGACGCCUCUCUUCGGACAGGCCGGUGUCGUCGCCCUCGCAGUCUCCGUAUCAGGGACGUAAUUCGCACAUGCACCGUGAAUUCUCACCUCAGAGGCGGCCCGUGCCGUUGAUGCCUGCGUCAUCGGCCGGCAGACGCGACAUGUCGCCGAGACGUUCCUUCUCGCCGUCUAAUCGAGCGAUGUCCCCGUCGAGGCGGCCGAUGUCACCGCCAAGGCGACCGAUGUCUCCGGUGCAGCAGAUGUCGCCGUCAUGGCGACCCUUGAGCCUGUCCCCGCCGAGACGGCAGAUGUCUCCGAUGAGGAUGUACGGCUCCUCGACGAGACAGAUGUCGCCCAUGAGGAGACCCGUGUCUCCGAUGAGACACAGGCCGAUGUCGCCCGUGAGGCAGAUGUCUCCGCAGAGGCGAGCCAUGUCGCCCGUCGGCAGAAUGAUGUCUCCGUCGAGAUCGAGAGGCGUCAUGCCGCCGAGGCAUCAGUCGCCCAUGAGACGCCCCUCGCCGCAUCGAAUGCCGCCCGGACACGAGUUCCCGUCGCCCACGAGGCGGCAGAGCCCGCCGCAGAACCGAUUCACGGACGAGUGGGACAUUCCGAACUUAGGCGCGGUCGAGCAAGGCAACACUUGGCAACGCCCCGUUAACGAGAGGCCGUCGGAGAACGUGUGGCGUAACGAGAGGCAGCCGACGACCAGCGGCAACCAGUGGCAGCCUCUCUCCGAUAACAAUGAUAGAUACCGCAAGUCGCAGAACCAGCAAGACAGAUCGUGGAACAACCGAGAUUCCGCGUCUCACGGCAGCUCGUGGGGCUCCAAGCAGCCGUUCGUGAAACCCGGCGUGAAAGAGCCGUGGAAUCAGAAUUCGGACAAUAACAGGUGGUCCGGCCCGGCCAGGUCGGGGAACAACAACGACAAUUGGAAUAACCGUGGGAAGGAUAGCAUGGCCGGCGGCCGCGAGGAAGCUUGGAUGGACUCGGACGUGCCGCGCUGGGAACAGCCGCAGUCUAAUGACUCCUGGAAUCAGGGAGACAAGGAGGAUUGGCACGACCUGCCGGAGGACGCCCGAGAUCCCUGGGGCGACGAUGGUAAUCUUGAGCUCAAGGACAGAUGGAUGAACGUCGAUAAUCAGGUCGUCCUACCGUCCAACUGGUCCAGGGAUACGGACAAGGGAGACUCGUGGUCAAAGCCCAAAGACAGUUGGCAGAACAAGUCUCAAGCUUUCUCGUCGAAGCCGCCGUGCCAAGGCAGCGGCAAUCCGAACGACUCGCGCUGGUUAGCGCCAAAUGAUUUGAAUAAGAAAGCACCGUCGACCAAUUGGCAGGGAGGCGGCAAUUCUGGCACGUGGCAGCAAUCGUCAGGCUACAACUUUCAGUCACAACGGCCUUUCAACACCAGUGUGUUUAAGGAUCGACGUUAGACGUCAUAGAUAAGAUGUAUCUCGAUGUAAAACGAUGUGUAUUAUUAAUAGUUCGUUAUCAUUUGGCGCCACCGCCGCGUCGAUGUUUCGUUGUGUGUGGCAAAGCCGGUCGGUUCUUCUUUUCUUUUUUGGAUUCUCUAGACGAGACGCGUCAUUAGACAAAUCCACACAAUAAGAAUGACGAGUAAAAUUCGAUUGUACGUUUAAUAUAAACUUUUAAUUAUAUCUACUGGAUCGCUAGAAUAUCUGUAAUAGUAAUUCCAAGUUUCGUAGUAUUAUCGAUACUUCUUAUUUUUAUUUUGUUUUGUGCUUGUUACGUUUAUCACAAUGAUAUAAUUUGUAUAUGAUACACAAUUAUACAUAUAUAUCUAACACUAAGUGGCUCAAUGGUACAAUUCGACGCGUUAAUUGUCACAUUGAUUCGAGUGUGGUAACGUCGAAUCGAAUUUUCCGGCCACUACGAGCGGUCACAUGCAAAGUCAGAUUACUUAACACAUUGCUAACCGCACGAGUUACGAUUAGACGAAAUUUACUUCGUAAGAGAUCAUUCCUCAUCGGGUAAGUAAGAUUAUCACACGAGAAGAAGUGACAAGGUGUUUGCGCAAACACUUACACGCCAUUCAAAUAUAUGUAAUGUGGUAGCACUCAAUAUGCUAAUCAUACCACAUAGACGAAUCAGUCAAUUUUGGCAAACAUUUCUUAUACAUUUCAUAUAUAUGGAUCUCGAUAAAUUAUAUCGAUAAUGACACCAAUUUAUAUAUUUCUUUUUUUUUAAUUCGUCACUACAAACCAAAUAUAUAAUUGGAGGUAUGCAAUACUAGUACCUGUAAGCCACGAAUUUUAUAUUCGAGAUAUCUCAUGAUUCAAAAAAUAAACAAAUAUAUUUGCAAA